AUGGUGCACUCCCUGCACGCCACGCUGCUGCGGCCCGCUGCGGCAUGGGCGCGCCAGGCGGUGCGGCCGCGCGUCGUGCUGGCGGCGGCGGCGGUGCGCGCCAGCUCCAGCUCGGCCCCAGCAGCCGCCGCACCCGCACCCGCGCCGGCAGUCGCUGCGGCGCCCGUAGCCGAGCCCGUCGCUCCCGCCACAGGCACCGAUGCCGCUGCCGAGGCGGAGCCGAAGCCCAAGCGUGGGCGCCCACCUGGCGAGCGCGCGCGCAAGAAUGCGGCGAAUGCGGCAGCGCUGGAGGGCUCGCUGGAAGACAUUGCCGGCGCCCGCGCCGCCUUCGAGAAGCACCCGCACUGGACCUUCGCCCUGCACCACUUCGAGCAGCUGCGCGAGCAGCGCCGCAAAGAGCACGAGGAUUCUGGUGACACUGAGCCAAUAGACCGCGUCUCGCCCGGCGAGGCCCAGGCGCUGCGCGAGCUGGGCGUGCCCAGGGUUAAGCAGUUCCGCAGGGUGCCCAUGAGCAUCUUCCGGGAGCUGCAGCGCGGCGGCUAUGAGCCGGAGCGCAUCGUCGAGGUGUUGCAGUACUUCGACGCCAACAACCGCUCCAUGCCGCCAGACCUGUACCGCCAUUCGAUGACGGGACGCAUCAGCGCGUCGGCGACGCGGGUGCGGCGGCUGCCGCGGCAGCCGCCGCCGCCGCCGCCGGAGCUUGGGCCCGUGCUGCACGCCGAUCCGUACGACAACUUCCCGGAGCACAUGCCUCCCUUGGACCAGUGGCGCCACGAGCUCGAGCCCAAGAUCCUCGGCUACCUUGGCAAGGGGCGCUACUUUGUGCGCAGCCGCUCGCUGGCCGAGCGCAUCGUCGAGGAGAUGGACCUGGACGGCAAGCAGGGCGUCACCGUGGUGGAGGCGUAUGCAGGCGUCGGCUCGGUGACACGCCUGCUGCUCGACCAUCCGGCGGUGGACAAGGUGCUGGCGAUGGAGGACAACCCCUCGAUGCUUUCCUUCCUCGAGCGCCUCAAAACUGACGAGACGCUGUCGCGCGGCCUGCCGGGGGAUCGGCUGUACAUCGAGAAGGGCAACGCCUACCGCUGGACCACGUACGAAAGAAUGCGGCGUGCCGGCGCCUUCGAUCAUCUGCAGGACCCCGCGGCCGUCCAGGAUGGCGGCUUCGUCAUGGGUCCCGUGAGCCCACGCAGCCACGAUGCGCCCGACUGGCAAAAGCCGUCGUCGAUCAUCUUCCUCUGCCACCUGCCCAACUCCGUGCACGGCGAGCAGCUCUAUGCGCAGCUCGUCGCCGCCGUCGCGUCGCGCGGCUGGCUCUUCCAGUACGGGCGCGUCAAGAUGGUCGUGCUGUGCUCCGAGGCGCUGGCGCUUCGCGCAUUGGCGCAGCCUGGCACGAAGCAUCGGCACAAGCUGGGCGUGACGACGCAGACGCUGACGGACGUACGAGAAGCGGUCGAGCCCUCGGAGCUGACGCCGCUGGCCUCGCACAUCUAUCCGUGCCCGCUCAGCAAGGAGCUCCUCAGCGCGGAGAAGGUGGACAGUCUGGAGCGUGACCGCGCGGCCGAGUCGCGCCAGCACCGCGCCGACUACCGUCUCCGGAAAAGCCUGAUCGUCGUGGAGCCCAAGGCGCAGCCGCUGCUCGUGACGCGCGAGAUGGAGGCGUUUGAGCAUAUGGUGCGCAACACCUUUGUGCUGCGCAGCCAGCCGAUCCGCAUCUCCAUGGAGCACCUGGCGCCCGGUGCGAUCAACGUGCUGCGGAAGCUGCAUCCGGACCACCCGGACAUGCAGGACCGGCAGGACGAGGCCAUCAACCCCGACACGCCCGUGUGGAGCCUGACGAUCAAGCAGUGGGUGGCGCUGUCCAAGGCCUACGACAAGUGGCCCUUCCGCCCAAAGAUGCUGCUCGACGAGUUCUCAGUGUUCAAGGAACGCUCGAUGAACAGGCAGAAAUGA